CACACAAGUGUGCAUCAUUGACAAAAUACAGACUAAUAAAUUGUGUCGCCCUUCAGGAAACUAGAAGUUGUCAUAAAGCAUUGUACUUUGAAGAUAUAUAUUGUAAAAUAGAUACAGAGUGGUUUGUGAAAUCCUUAUAAGUUUUACAUUUUUGUUCGUCUACACACAAAGGUACUGAUUUGAAUAUAACUGGAUACAUUGUUAAUUGAAUAUUUUGCAUUUUAUGACUCUUGGGAUAAAGAGAUUGAAAAUGGCUGCAACUCAAUUCCGCUCUAUUGUUGAUGAGAUAUUGAACAUGCUAUCUAGUUAUACGUCGAUGAACAAUACAGAUGCUAAUGAAUGUUAUCUGUGCAUGGAUAAAAUCAGUGAAAGUGACACGUACGUAACAUGUGAGUCUUGUAGCAACCAUUUUCAUGUGACAUGUGAGGGAUACUUGUACAAUGAAAAACUUGCUGAUCAGAGAUUGAUUUGGAUUUGCCCAUGUUGUGCUCAUAGCAACUUUGGUGAUCGAAUAUUUGACCAAGUUUGUAUACCAUCCCAUUAUAACAGAUAUGAGCCUCUCAUGUUAGCAGAUGGUGAUGAUGACACUGACGAGAAUAUGGAAACCUUGAAAAAGUCAAGACGAGUAAGGAGAGCAAAAAAGAGGUUUAAUAAAGUAAAAAAGAGUGCAGUGUUUGCAGAGCAAUGUAGCAGACGUGAAAACGGUUUUACAAACAAUCUGUGCCAUUUGGUAGAUCAAAACUUGGUCAGUGAAGAAAUCGACGGUAAUUGGAUAAAAGUGCAAUGCAAAAAAACAAAAUUGAUGGCAAAAAAAACAGAAAGAACAACACAUUCAAAUUUAGAUGAACAAAAUGAACAGGGCAAAAGAAAGAAAAGAUCUGGUAAUGGUGUAUUGUUAGAACCAGGUGUAACCUACAUUGGCAAAGCUUUCAAGAGAUUUUAUGGUAGUUGUGAAAGAAAAAUCAAAGAACAAAAAAAAGAGUAUGAGGUGGACAAGAAAAUGGAAAACAAAGAAAAAGACAUCAAUGUGCAAUCCUAUGUUGAAACUUUAUUGAAUAUUUAUACUUGUACUGUGAAAUCACCACUUUCCAUGAAGUUUUACAAUGAAGCCAAUGAGGUAAUUGAUACAAUGAAAAAUCAAUCUUAUGCUCGUGUAACAAGUUGUUUGUCUGCAUUGUCAAAAGCAAGUUUGACUAAGCACUUGAACCCAAAGACGUGUAUUGUUGUGGAAAAGAUGCAAAAUUUGAGAAGAUACAGAGUUUAUGCAGGUGGUAGAAAAGGAAGAAAUCAAAGAAGAAACAUGAAAGGUCAGUUCACAAAAGUGAAUCAAAGUGAUGAUAAUUGCUCUGAUGUUUCAAAGAUUCCAAAGAAAGAGGUCAGAACAGAAUCUAACAAAGAUAUGAUUGAGAAUAAUGUAAAUUGUAAGGAAGACCCAGUGGCUCAUCAGGUGAACAGUUUUGGUAAAUCAAUGACAGCAGGCAAAGUUGAAGAAGAGUUGACAAACAGAAAUGUAGAUCAAUAUUUACACAUAAAUUCUAAUGAGAGUGCAUGUGUCACAGAUGAGGUUUGUAAACAUAUGUCUAGUAAAGAAACCAUGAACAUCCCAGAUAGAGUAAGCCAAGUUGAACCACAGAACGAUCUUGAAGAAAAUGAGAGUGGUAGUGAUAUCGACAUUGACACACCUAUCAAACGCAAUCGUGGGAGAAAUUGCAUAGAAUCUGAUUCAGACACAAGUGUUGAAGAUGACGUCCUACUGAUCAGUUCAUUUGAAAGUGAAAGGUCAUGUCAGUACAUUGAUACACAGCAUGUACGUGAUGAAACAUGUCGCAUUGAAAUUGUCCCAGAUGCAGGAUUGAAUAAAAAUACAGACAAUGCAAUCUUGAAUGCAGGGGAUGAGUGUACUGAUGAUUGUUUUGCACAAAAUUCUUUGGAAUGUGGUAUGAAAGCAGCAAUUGUUCAGAAAAUAAAAGAAGAUAAUAUGCAUCCUUCUUCUAAUGAAUCAAGAGACGAAGUAGUGUUUGUAUCAGAUCUUGGAAUGUGUGAUAGGCCAGACAAAUAUUUCAAAUUUUUACCUCUUGAGACAACGGACAAACAAGCCAUUUGUAAAAAAUUAAAUAUUACCUAUACAGACAAAAGCUUCCAUGCAAAAUGGAAUAGCAAUGAGUGCAUCGGAAUUCCUUCAUGUAUUAAAAUAAUAGCUGAAGAUGGCAACUGUUUUUUUCGUGCAAUUUCAUAUGCUAUUUCUGGUACUGAAUGUCAUCAUGUCAUUCUAAGGAAUCUUACUGUGAACCAUUUAUUACAGACCAAUGAUAAGUUUAAGAGUACAUUGACAAGUGAGUUCAGAACUGUCAGAGAAUAUGUUUUGAAAAAUGGAAUAAUGGAAAAUGGAACUUGGGCUACAGACACUGAAAUGAGUGCAUUGGCAAAUUUGAUUGAUACCGAUAUCUAUUCUUACAAUGAUGAAGUACCAUGUUGGCAGUUGUACUCUGCAAGGAAACCGGGAAGAAUAAAUGUUGUUACAUCUCCUAAAGGCAUUUAUAUACAGUACACAAGAAAUGUUCAUUUUCAUGUAGUUGAAUCCGUUACUUCUGUCAGUAGUGAUUCAUCAAAGAACAUAGCAGCAAUGGAAGAUAUAAUCGAAACAGUAAAUAUGCACAUUCAACCAGUUACACAAGGAACAUUUCAUCAAGGUGAUAUGAGAUUUGGUGAUUCAGCAGGAAAGCAAUGUGUUGCCAAUUCAUUGUCUGCUUUGUUGUAUAGCAAAAUGAAAAAUGCUAAAUAUUGGAAUAGUAAUGAUUUAGAUAGGAUUUUAGUCAAUGGCAAUGAAUUGUACAGUUACAUAAGGUAUUAUGUAGCACGCGAACAAGAAUAUCUUUUAAUUUCUGAUUUACCUGAAUGCUUAGAGGCAUAUGAUGAAUUGUUUGAGAUAGAAUGCCGUGAAUCAAUACCUGGAUUGUUAGAAGAAAAUCCAAUAUUAGAAGAAUCUGUUUCAAUGCCAUUGAAACAAGCACUUGAACAAGAAUUGUGUAGCAAUUGUGAUGCAUGUUUUGUGACAUUUUCGGGAAAUGCUUUUAUCGUAAUCUGUGGUUAUGAUUCCUUCUUGAUAUUUGAUUCACAUUCUAGGAGUAGUAAAGGCUUAAUUAUUGAUGAUGGAUAUAGUAUCUUACUUCAAGCUUCAAGUUGGCAAGGUGUGUACGAACAUUGUAUGAGGUUGGCAAGAACGUUAAAAUGUUCCCCUUACACUGAAUAUGAAGUAACUAGUAUAUGUGUAAAAGCAAUAUCAUGUAGAAAUGAAACAUUGCAGAAUCAUCUGGAGUUACAAGGUUGUGCAAGUGUAGUUUGUUCAAACGCUAAUGAUGAGAGCGAUGUUGUAAUUCCUGAAUGUUCAUUAGGAUAUGAAAGCUUGAAGAAGAGUAAAAGUAAAAAGUUGAAUCAUAGUUUGACUGAAGAAGAAAUUAUUGACGAUGAAAACAUGAAUGUUACUCAGGAAUCAAAUGAAGAAAUAGAUUAUAAUGUUGAUAAUAACCAAUCAAAGUAUGUUCAUCAACCAAAAGAUUCAGAAAAUCGUAAUGGUUGGCAGAAUGUGUUUAAAGAAGUGGAUCUGAAGAAUGGCACGCAAAAUACAAGUUGUAUGUUAAGUAAAAAACGCAAAUUAAGCAAUCUUCAAAGUGAUGUUAAAGUUGUUGAUGAUGGUUAUGAAAAAAGUCAUAAAUGUAAAGUACCAAAAAAAAGUGAUAUUGAAUUGCUAUCCAUUGCUGAAAGUGAUUUUGAUGAAAAUGAUAUAGAAAUAACUGCACAAGUUCAUUCUCAGUUUUGGUUUAAACCUCUUGUUGAUAAGAUAAAAUUAGAUUGCUGUAAAAAAAUAAAUAUUGCAAAUGUUGUAACUGUAUGUUCGAUUGCAAAUUUUGUACAUAAAGAAUGUGUACCUCUUGAACAACCAAAAGACAUAAAAAAUAUCAAAAAUGAUGGAAAUUGUUUUUAUCGUGCUAUAUCAUAUUCGUUGACAGGAAAUGAAAAUUAUCAUCUUUCCAUAAGACAAGCGGUAUGUACACAUCUAAUGCAAAACCAAGAUAGAUUUGUUGGUUGUAUAAGAUCGGGCUAUACUAAUAUCUUCCAAUAUGCCUCAGAUAAGAACAUACAAGAAAAUGGUAUCUGGGCAACAGAAGUGGAAAUUUUUGUUCUAGCAAAUUUAAUUGAAAUGGAUAUCUAUAUAUAUAAUGAUGAUAGUUUGAAAUGGAGUUUAUUUUCUGGGAAAAAUGUUCAAAUUGGAAAAGAAACAUCAGUGGGUGGUAUUUAUCUAAAAAAUUCCAAUGGUAAUCAUUAUGACGUUGUUCUAUCAGUACUGUUGUCUGAUUUUAGUAAUUGUAUGUGCAGUAAUUCAUAUGAUGAAAAUAUUGCCAAAACAUAUACCGUUAAUUGUGAACAUGAGCAAGAAAGAAAGCAUGCUUUAUUAAACAAUAAUAAAGUUGUUUACAGUUCAAGAAAAAAGCGUAAUGACAAACUGUUCUAA